GCGGGCCGCGCGUGCGCUCUGCCGCCCUCCAUUGUCUCCACGGCGGCGAGGAGCGCCGGCGAGCGCAGCCCGGGACCGAGCGGGGCGACGCGGCUGGCUGGCGGGGCCGGCGGCGGCUGGAGCCGGAGCGCGACGCCACGCGACCGCGGCCUCCAGAGCUCCGCCCGGCCGCCCCACCGCCGCUAGCCCUCCCGAGGCCUGCGGGAGCCCGGGCCGCCGGCCCCGGUCGUCGAGUCCUGAGACGGGGGACGCGCGCGGCGCCCCGAGCCCCCGCCGCUUCCUGCUGCGGGCGGGCGGACGGGCGGGCGGGCGGCCUCCUCCGGCGCCUCCCUCCCUUCGCUGCGGCUCCUCAGGCUCCGGAGCCCGGGGGCGGCCUGUGGCGCGCGGCGCCCGCUCCGGACCGCGCGUCUUCGGACCUUCAGGAGAACAUGGAUUCGGCUUGGACUGUUUGAAAUUCUUAGUUUGGGGUCCCCGCUCGCUUGCUUUUUCCGCCCCGCGGGUUUUUUUUCCUCUCUCUCUCUCAUUUUCUCUGCUCGGGGCUCUUUUGUGACCACCCCCCCCCCCCCCCCCCCCCGCGCCUUUAUGUCCGCCCAGCCCUCCACCCGCUUCUGAGUGGUGGGGGAGGGUCUCGGCCUCCUGGUUCCCGCCCCACCGGGGCCCGGGGGAACAUGGGGGGCAAGCAGAGCACGGCGGCCCGCUCUCGGGGCCCCUUCCCGGGGGUCUCCACCGAUGACAGCGCCGUGCCGCCGCCGGGAGGGGCGCCCCACUUUGGGCACUACCGGACGGGCGGCGGAGCGAUGGGGCUGCGCAGCCGCUCGGUCAGCUCGGUGGCGGGCAUGGGCAUGGACCCCAGCACGGCCGGAGGGGUGCCUUUUGGCCUCUACACCCCCGCCUCCCGCGGGACCGGCGACUCAGAGAGGGCGCCGGGUGGCGGAGGGUCCACGUCGGACUCCACCUAUGCUCACGGCAAUGGUUACCAGGAGACCGGCGGCGGUCACCAUAGAGACGGGAUGCUGUACCUGGGCUCCCGAGCCUCGCUGGCGGAUGCUCUACCUCUGCACAUCGCACCCAGGUGGUUCAGCUCGCAUAGUGGUUUCAAGUGCCCCAUUUGCUCCAAGUCUGUGGCAUCCGAUGAGAUGGAAAUGCACUUUAUAAUGUGUCUGAGCAAACCUCGCCUGUCUUACAAUGAUGAUGUGCUGACUAAAGAUGCGGGUGAGUGCGUGAUCUGCCUGGAGGAGCUGCUUCAGGGGGACACGAUAGCCAGGCUGCCAUGCCUGUGCAUCUAUCACAAAAGCUGCAUAGACUCAUGGUUUGAAGUGAACAGAUCUUGUCCAGAACACCCUGCUGACUGACCCUGCUGGGCUUGCUUGCCGACUCCUCUCAAAGGUUUAUUUUAUUUAUUCCAAGUAAAUGCCCAGAACAGCUGACGGUGUCAGGCAAAUCAGGGACAUUUGCUCUUUUUACCUUCACCUCAAAAUCUGAUGACAAGGGGAGAAGACAAAGCAAGGGUGAGAGUGAGGCAGAGGGAUUGGAUCCCAGCUCCAGAGUGCAGGUCCACAUUGCUGGCAUGAUGUUUGGCUUCCGGUGGGCCUGCCUGGCCUGAACCAGACGCCCCAGCAGACCAGCCUGCCCUCGGCGGGAUACGCUGCUGCCACGGUGAAAUGCAGCCACAGCUCUCAGCCAGACGGAGCGCGACUGACUUCUUCCGACCCACACAGGGACAGACACCCCUGUUCCUGGGAGGAGGCUCCUCAGACACUGGACAGAGCUGAGCUUGGGACACCAGAGGGAACGGGGCACCCCUUCUGCACUGACUUCCAGAAAAUGGUCCUCCCUCCUCCCUGAGGACACGCAACUGGAUGAGAGCGAGUCUGAGAGAAGAAUGAAUUGACCUCUCUCCUUCCCUUCACCCUCAGCCCAGGAGGGAAAGGGCAUUUCUUUUUCACCUUUGAAAGGCGUUGUGGGUCUGUCGUUAAAGUGUUUACAACAACAAAAUUAUAUAAAAAAAAAAAGUCUAGUGUCGACUGGUGUUUUCCCUCGUGAUGUUUACAGAUUGCUGUUUGCUGCCCAGCUAAAACCCACUCAGUGACAGAAGCAAGCAUAGCCAUGUCCUCACCGCUAGCGCUGACCGCGGGUGGACGGGCACACGGCUCUCUGCAUCACUAACCUUUCUACUGGGGGAUUUGUUUUUUGUUUUCUGUUUUUCUGUCCCAUUUUUCUGGCUUGGUUUUGCACUUUUCUCCUCUUAAAACCCCGAUAUAUUGAUUUUCUUGCCAAAAAAGAGAAAGGAGGAUGAAGAAGAGCCUGUCAAGGACACUUCCCCCUUCCUUCCCCAUGUUUUCCCUGCCUUUCCCUGGAUCAGUCCAAUCAGAGAACUUAACAAUCAUAAAUACAUUGGAAAAAAUGCCUGGACAUUUUUCUUAGGCCCUUGUGAAAUUUUUUUCCAGAGAAAACUUAGAGUUACUAAAGGAACAUGUACCGCUACCCCUGUUUUCAGGCACACUGAGAACAUUUUAGCCAUUGAUGUUCACAUGUGGCGUUAGCCCAUGCAGGAUAGGUUUCUGUAUUUAUAUUAUUAAAAUACAAAAAACAAAAAAACAACAAAAAAAACAAAACCUUACAAAAUGUUUUUAAAAUGUUCAGAGGUUGGGAGAAAAGCAUCAGUCAAGGUGUUUUGAUAUGGUAUUAAAAUAAUGUCUAAUGAAAGAUGCACCGUGUGAUUUUAUUUUAAUGAAGUGUUGUUACAAGAUCAAGAAGUGGAGGCAAAGGCCAGUUUCCCCUGCCCAUCUGCCCAGCCCAGCACUCCCUCAGCACCUGCAGGGCUCUUGGCCACACCUGGGCAGAGGCUUGUUGUGGUGGCUCAGGUGUGUCUUUGAAGUUGAUGAAUUCUUAAGCAUCAUGGAGUGACUGUCAGUCUCCUGUCAUCUCUGGUUGUGACUGAAUGUUUCUGGAAAGAUAUCUUACAGCCAUCAGAGGCUGCAAGACUGUGGGUACCUCCAGGCGCCAGCCUAGCCUGGCCUUCAGCACCUCCUCCCCAUCCUGCAUUCUGCUUGCCUGUUGCUCCAUCCACAGCUCUGUGCUGACUCAUGGGCAUGCUUCACUAAGGCCCAGAAAGAGGCCCUGGUUUGGGGCUGUGCCAGCUCACAGUCCCUGAACCAGAACCAGCCACUCAGCCUCAUAAACGUUGGCAAAUUGCAGGCUGGGCAGGAAACUCAAGGCAGGGGCCUGCAGUACAUACCUGCCCUGACUCCUAGCCAGGUUCCAGGAGCUGCGUUCCAGGGCCUCCUGCAGAGCCAGCUAAGAAAGCUCUGGGGGAGAUGGCUGCCCAUCUCCACCAUGACCAUUUGCAGAACUGCCUCUUGUACUGCUGCCUCAGGGCCCAGUCCCAACAGGCCCACAAGUUUGGACUGUGCCACCACCCCUGCUCUGAGGUCCCCUGCCCUCAGAUGCUUCAUGAAGCAACUACUCUGUGCAAGGACAUUUGUUGGAGGCCGGUGGACACGAGCCAGGGCAGGUAGGCAAGCUCAGAGAACUAAGAGUGCUUUAGAGCCUGAGUGUGGGAGACCUCAGGACCUAAACUGUGAGCAGUCUGUUCUGGGGCACUUUACUUCUUGGCAGAAUGGUGGGGAAGUAUUCAUUCAUCUGAACUUGAUUCCUUGCAUGGGAAGUGGGGAUACAGUCAUGCAGCUCAGUUCAGUGAGUGUUAGGGAUCUGCCCCAAAGGCCUGGCACCGCAGGCUUCCUUGUAGCUUUGUCACUGCAAAGGGCACUGUUCUAUUCCCAGCACCUCCAGCUUCUGCCUGGCAACUGUGUAUCCCUGUUACUAUAUAUAAUCCUACCAGCAGAGCUGGCGGGGCAGGGCCCAGCCCUGAAAGAGAUCUCCUUGCCUGACCCCUGGGCCUGGAGACAGGCUUUGUGUACCCACCUUGGCUGUGUGAGCCCAGCUGCCUUGGCAAGGCUGUGGCUGAAUUGGUUGGGGCAGUGCUGGGCCCCACACCGGGUGCUAUUCUAGGCUCUCUAGGCUGGUGCUCAUCUCAUCCCCAGUGACUCCGCCCCCACCUGGCACACCAAAGCCCUCUUGUUGGCUGUCACGUCCUCUGAAUUUGGACCCAGAUUGCCAGUGCCUGGUGUGAGGGUGGGACUAGGCUUGUCUGGCUUCCUAGGUGACAUUUGUGUUUGUCACCUUCCAUCCAGACAGCUCUCUAGAAUCCUGUGUUGUCCCUACUCUGCCUUUCUGAGAGGGGAGAAAAAUAAGAGAUGGGUUCUUCCCCUUUGCUCUUGGGAGCCCUCUUUGAAAACCACCCAUCUAACAGCCAUUUAAUAGUACUGAAGCUCAUAAGAGAAUGUCCUCCUUAGGAGAUAGAUGCUGAAUUAUAUAGC